AUGAAACUCAGCGCUGUGAUUGUUCUGGCCCUGGUGGCUUUGGCUUGUGCCAAACCAACAACCGAAACCGAUGGCACAACCACCACCCUUACCGAGAACACGGAUCAAACCGUGACUGGAACCAAAACUACUGAAGAUGAAGUGCUGCUGGGUGAUGAGCCGACCAAAGACGUUGAAACAGGUACCAGUGUUGACGAAAGUACCAGAACAAAGCGAUCUGUUGCCUGUACCGAUAUUGUAGGAGCGAACGGUGAAACCGAGACCAUCUGCGGAGAGGACCAAGAUGUGGCCGCUACCGAUGUUGAUGAGGCCUCAGUCCGCAGCUAUGGCGGUGGUCACGAUUCCGGCAAGGGCGAUGGUGGCCACGGAUACGGCAAGGGUGGUGAAUCUCAUGGUUACGGUAAGGGUGGAUACGGCAAGGAAUCUCACGGUUAUGGUAAGGGUGGUCACGAAUCCCAUGGCUACGGCAAGGGAGGUCACGAAUCUCACGGAUACGGCAAGGGUGGUCAUGAAUCUCACGGUUAUGGAGGUCAUGAAUCUCAUGGCUACAGCAAGGGUGGUCACGAAUCUCAUGGCUAUGGAGGUCAUGAAUCCCAUGGAUACGGCAAGGGAGGUCAUGAAUCUUCUUAUGGCGGUGGACACGAUGCCCAUGGCUACUACGGCAAGGGAGGUCAUGAAUCUCACGGAUACGGAAAAGGUGGCCACGAAUCCCACGGUUAUGGCGGCCAUGAAUCUCAUGGCUAUGGCAAGGGAGGUCAUGAAUCUCACGGAUACGGAAAGGGCGGCCAUGAAUCCCAUGGUUAUGGUGGACACGAAUCUCAUGGCUACGGAAAGGGAGGUCACGAAUCUCACGGCUAUGGAGGUCAUGAGUCUCAUGGAUACGGCAAGGGUGGCCACGAAUCUCACGGUUAUGGCAAGGGAGGCCACGAAUCCCACGGCUACGGCAAGGGAGGUCACGAAUCCCAUGGAUACGGUCAUGAAUCUCACAGCUCCGGCCAUGGUGGACACGGAUACGGUCAUGGAGGACACGGAGGACACGGAUACGGCCAUGGAGGUCACGGUGGACAAGAACACGGUUACGGUCAUGGUGGACAUGGAGGAUAUGGCCACGGAAGCCACGGAGGUCACGGAGGUCAUGGUGGACAUGGAUACCGAUCAGCUGGCUAUGGUGCUGCUCCUGCUGCUCCUGCCCAUCACGGUCAUCACGGAUACGGUCACGGAAAGGUUUCGUGCGGUGCCAACCUGCUGGUGGGAUGCGCUCCAUCUGUCGCUAAGGUCCCAUGCGUUCCGGUGCACCACGGUGGAUACGGCAAACCCUCGGGCCAUGGUCAUGGAUACCGAGCUGAUGAUGGAUCCGAUGAUAGCCCAAUUGCAAGCAUGAUGUAA